AUGGAGUUACUGUCAAACAAAUGGACUUUAAAUUUUCUGCUUUGUUUGUGUUUCAUCGGUGCUGGUUGUACUUCAGUGGAGAAAAAGAUCUACGUUCACCUCAAUUACACCGUCCCGUGUGUGCGGCUACUCAAUGCCACGCAUCAGAUUGGCUGCCAGUCCUCCUUGUCCGGUAAUGUGGGGGUGCUUCAUGUGCUGGAGUCAGAGGAAAACCUUGACUUUGUUCUGAACACGGGUAUCCAUCCUCCUUAUAUGGUCAUCCUAGAACACCAGCUUUUUACCAGAUCCAUCAUGAUGAAACUGAAGAACAACUCUAGCAGGGUGGCGGGUGUUGCAGUCGUGGCACCAAACACCAACCCGGAGCAAGGCGUCUCCCCGCACACUACGUGUCCCAACGAGAACUCAGGCGUGUAUUCCGAGAGCUACGACCCCACACUGGCUCACUGCAACAGAACCGUGUGGAAUCCGCUGGGCAAUGGACUGUCCUAUGAGGAAUUUGACUUCCCCAUCUUUUCCCUUAAGGAUGACAAUGAAACACACCUUAUCCGGCAGUGCUACCUAGACCAUAACCGUGUGGUGAAUGGCAGCGCCCCCGUGUACCCGCUGUGCGCAAUGCAGCUCUACUCGCACAUGUCGGCAGUCACCAACACGGCCACCUGCAUGAGGAGGAACAAUAUUUUCAGCAUCACGCCGGAGUAUGUGUGCGACCCGCUGGGCGACUUCAACAUUUGGGCCAGUACCAGGCCGCUCAACAACACAGCCAAAGGACACAAGAUGGGGGAGAAUGUCGUCAUCGCUGCUGCUCGACUGGACAGCCGAUCCUUCUUCUUUGACAUAGCUCCGGGAGCGCAGAGCGCCGCCUCGGGCUUCAUCGCCCUGCUGGCAGCUGCCCACGCCCUGCGCAAUGUCACCCAGGAGGCACCACCCAACCGCACCAUACUGUACACCUUCUUCCAGGGGGAAACUUUUGACUACAUUGGAAGCUCCAGGAUGGUGUAUGACAUGGAGAAUAAACAAUUCGUGGUGGACCUUGACAACGUUCAUUCUGUGAUGGAAGUCGGACAGGUGGGCCUGCGUACCGAAUCCCGACUAUGGCUCCACUCUGAUCCCGUCUCACGGAGGAACGCCAGUAUUGACCAGGAGGUAAAGACGUUGGUAGAGAACAUCCAGUCAGCCGCCACGGAGUUAAACGUCUCGGCGAGCGAGCCCGACUCAUCACAGCCACUGCCACCUUCGUCCUUCCAGCGCUUCUUGCGCUCACGGCCCAUCCCCGGGGUGGUUAUCGAGGACCACCGGUCAGAAUUCAGCAACAGGUUUUAUGAGAGCAUGUAUGAUAACGCAGAAUACCUGAGUGUAUCGUACCCGCAGAACAUGACCCAAGAGGAGCAGCUGCAGUUUGUCACAGACACGGCCAAGGCUCUGGCUGAGGUAGCCACAGUAGUGGCACGGGCUUUGUACAGGCAGGCAGGAGGGGAACAAUCCCAGCUGACCAACAUUAACGCCGAUGCCCAAAUAGUGACCCAGAUGCUUUACACUUUCCUCAUCCGGUCAAAUAACAGCUGGCUGCAGCAGAUCGUUCCAGAAAAACUCGCAGGCCACUUGAAGGACACAGCCACCAACUUCUACGUGGGCGUAGUAGCCCAGCAGAAGAUAAAUGAGCCCACGUACCUGGUGCAGCACCUGCUUGCCAGCCUGACGGGCAGUGUGGUCAACGUCACCCAACAGGAUUGUGAUAACAAGCGGACCAACGAGAGCGACACCGAGAGCAAACAUAUGUACGAAUACACAUGGGUGCAAGGCGCGAUACCGCCCAAUGCCACAGAGAGGCAGAGUUAUUGCAUCCGCUCCACAGUGCGCAUCUCAAAGGCGGUGUCACCCGCCUUUGACCCACUGCAAGAGUUCACUUCUGAGGACUAUUCCACUUGGACAGAGUCUCGCUGGAAGACCAUCAAGGGCCGAAUCUUUCUGGUGGCCAGUCAUGAGCUGGAGAUGGUGACUCUGGGUGUGGGCGUGGGCGUGCUGUUCACCUCCCUGCUGCUCACAUACGUGCUGAGCUCCAAGGCUGACAUCCUGUUCAGCUCGCAGAGGGAGCCCACCAACGCCACCUACUGA